GUAAUAUCUUAACCAUUGAACAUAGCCAGUAUGUGGUUCACAAUAGUAUUGCUUUUUAACGCUAUUUUGGGUUCCUCUGCCGGAACUGUUCAUCUUUAUGUAAGUCCGACAGGAUCUGAUUCUAAUUCCGGAUUAGACACAUCCCAUCCACUGAAGACAAUUCACAAAGCUCGAGAUAAACUGGAAGAUGCUAGUAUCAAAGAUAACGAGGUAUAUAUAGAGCUAAUGCAAGGCUACCAUGACCUAUCAUCAACUCUAACUUUUACUCAUCAGCAUCCAUAUCCUGUUACUAUCAGAUCAUACCAACAUCAAGAAGUUCAUGUGACCGGUGGCAAGAGAAUUGCUUCAAAUCAAUUCAAAUACCUCGACACAAAACAAGAUUCCGCUGCAAUGAGUCUUAUUAGUGCUAGAGGUCUUUUGAAGGUACGCCGUGUGAACCUUAAAGAUGUGGGCAUCACUGAUUUUGGUAGAUUGGAAAAGUUUGGCUUUUACUCACGAAGAACUGCGCCGUUAGAAGUGUUCAUCAAUGGUAAGCCAUUAAGACUGGCAGAAUGGCCUGACAAUAACUUCAUCAAUAUCAAAAGUAUACCAAAUGGACGAAAUGGCACGACGUUCACCUACAAUGCAACACGUGAUGCGUUUUGGUCCCGUGAAAAGGAUCCUUGGGUUUAUGGGUUUUGGUAUUGGAGUUGGGCAGACCAUUCUGCUCAAGUUAAAAAAGUAGACUCUAAAGCUCAUGAAAUUACUUUAACAGCCCCUACUCAUUAUGGACUACGAACUGGGAAUUUGAGAUCAGAUGGGCGACAUUACAUAAAUGGCUAUAGUCACCAAGGAGGUUAUUUCAGAGUUUUUAAUAUGUUAUCUGAAUUAGAUCAACCACUUAAAUAUAAUUUGUUAUCUGAAUUAGUUCAAUCAGUAAGUAUAAUUUAUAUGUUAUCUGAAUUAGAUCAUUCAGUAAGUAUAUUUUAUAUUUUAUCUGAAUUAGAUCAAUCAGUACGUACAUUUUAUAUUUUAUCUGAAUUAGAUCAAUUAGUUAGUAUAUUUUAUAUGUUAUCUGAAUUAGAUAAAUCAGUAAGUAUAUUUUAUAUGUUAUCUGAAUUAGAUCAAUCAGUAAGUAUGUUUUAUAUGUUAUCUGAAUUAGAUCAAUCAGUAAGUAUAUUUUAUAUGUUAUCUGAAUUAGAUCAUUCAGUAAGUAUAUUUUAUAUUUUAUCUGAAUUAGAUCAAUCAGUACGUACAUUUUAUAUUUUAUCUGAAUUAGAUCAAUCAGUUAGUAUAUUUUAUAUGUUAUCUGAAUUAGAUCAAUCAGUAAAUAUAUUUUAUAUGUUAUCUGAAUUAGAUCAAUCAGUAAGUAUAUUUUAUAUGUUAUCUGAAUUAGAUCAAUCAGUAAGUAUAUUUUAUAUGUUAUCUGAAUUAGAUCAAUCAGGUGAAUAUUACCUAGACAGGACAACUGGAAUAUUGUAUAUUUGGCCGAAUACACCUAAAGGUGAUUUAAAAGAUACUGAUGUUGUCUAUGUCUCAUUGAUCAAUAGCUGCAUAAGUUUGUCUAAUGGAAUCAAAAACAUGAAUUUUGAAGAUUUUACCCUUGAAGCUUGUCGACACUAUGGUAUUGAGGCUCAAAAUGGACAUAACCUAAAAUUCUCUAAUCUGGAAGUCAAGAACACGGGAACGUAUGGUAUAAGUUGCUCUGGUGAUUGUCGUUCUGUAUCAGUUUCAAAAUGUGAAAUUCAUGACUCGGAUGGCGGUAUCAAAAUAUCAGGAGGAAAUAGGAAAACUCUGACAUCAUCGGGCAAUAUUGUAGAAGACAACCAUAUACAUCAUUUUGGACGAGCUAGUGCUGUAGGUUCUAAUGGUAUAUCUGUUAGUGGAGUAAAUAAUAUUAUCAAAAAUAACCACAUGCACCAUUGUACUUAUACAGGCAUAUAUUGGACUGGCAAUGACCAUGUAUUUGAAUAUAAUCAUAUACACGAUUGUUGUUAUAAUUCUACUGAUUGUGGUGCUUUCAUGACAGGUCGAGAUUGGACUUUUAGAGGAAAUAUUAUAAGAUACAACUAUUUACAUGAUCAUGUUAGAUACUGGCCUGGUGCUGAAGUUAGAGCUGUAAUGUUAGAUGAUCAAAUGUCCAGUAUUACUAUGGAAAAAAAUAUAUUUGCCCAUAACGAAGUUCAUGCUAAUAUUGGCGGAGGGCGUGAUAAUAUAUUUAGCUAUAAUGUAUUCUACGAAUCGAGAAGCCACGCCUUGGAUGUAGAUGGUAGGGGCCAUGCAGGGACCGGUGGGAAUUCUGGAUCACUGGAUACUAAGCUGAAGGCUAUGCCUUACACAAACUCUGUAUGGGCUUCAAAAUAUCCCAAACUGGCGGCUAUGGCCAAAAUGGAUGCAAAAAGUCGCGGAGCCCCAGCAGGGAACCAAAUCUUACAUAAUUUAUAUGUUAUGAUACACGGUAAAAAGACUAUUAAUUACCAUGGCAGUUUUGUAAUGAAUACCGGCUAUUUCAAUCAUGUUGAUAAUCAUGCGGCCUCCAAAUCAGACUUCGUUUCACCAGAGCACAAUAAUUUUGAACUUCGAUGUCAAGCAAAGGAUUGGGCAAACAAAGCUAAUUUUCCACAGCCUGUAUCAUAUGAUAAAGUUGGACCCCGUUAUCCCUAUGGUCCUCGCUAUUUUAAUAAAGGUAUUAGUCCAGUUAAUAAAGUUUACAGUUCCAUAACAACUGGUAGCUGUCAUUGAAUUUUUGAUGAAUUUAAAACACCUAAUAAUGAUAUUAAUCAAUAUAAAACUAAAUUAAAGUUUCUUUACAACGUC